AUGGCUCGCAAGAAGGUGGCCCUGCAGUGGAUCGCCAACGACUCCACCCGCCGCGCGACCUUCAAGAAGCGCCGCAAGGGCCUGAUGAAGAAGGCGAGCGAGCUGGCCACGCUGUGCGGCGUCGACGUCUUCGUCGCGGUCUACGUCGAGGGCGAGGCGCAGCCGGAGGUGUGGCCGGACGCCCCCGGCGAGGCGGAGCGCAUCGCCGCCCGCUUCAAGGCCGUGCCGGAUCUGGACCAGUGCAAGAAGAAGCUGGACAUGGAGGGCUUGCUCAGGCAGCAGAACGACAAGUCCAGGGACCAGCUGCACAAGGCGCAGCUCGAGAACCGGGAGCGCGAGAGGCAGCUCCUCCUGCACGACGCCAUCGCCGGCCGGCGCCCGGGCCUCGUGGGCCUCUCCGUGGAGCAGGUCGUCACCCUCGGCUUGAUGGUGGAGCAACGCAUCCAGGCCGUCAUGGACGCCAUCGCGCGCCUACAGGGGGAGGGACACGACCUUCCGGCGGCGACGGCGCCGCCGCAGCCGCCGCUGGCGCCUUGCAGCACCGGGGCCGGCGCCGGCCGCAGGGACAUUAUGAUGCCGCAGGCGCCGCACCCGCAGGGCUGGAUGAUGGCCGUUGGGGACACUCGGGCGCCGGCCUACAGCGGCUUCAUCGGCGCCGGCGGCACCAGCGCCGGGGGCGACAUGCCGCUGCAGUUUAGCGGUAUGGGUUUCGGGUUUGCGGGGCCGGAUGCUGGUCAAUCUUUCCCUUCCAUGUAA